UGUUGCACUGUCCCCAUCCAUGGCCAGUCUGCACAGUAGCCAUCCCUUCCUUGUGUGAAUGGAGAAAAUGUUUUGUCUUAGAACUUGGGGUUUUAGAAAGAUUUAGUGGUUUGGUCAGCAUUGCCAAACCAAACUGAGCACAAGGGUUAUUUUGAGCAGUAAGGCAGCCCCAGAGACACGCCAGCUCUGUGGUGUGACCUGUGGAUGUGCAGAGAAGGGGCUGCCAGCAGCGUGUGUGACCGUGCAAGGGUUUUGUGUCCUAAAAGUGGGAGUUCUGGGCAGAUUUAGUGUUUUGGCCAGCAUUGCCAAGCCAAACUGAGCACGAAGAUUAUUUUGAGCAGCAAGGCAGCCCCAGAGACACGCCAGGUGUGCGGUGUGACUGUGUAUGUGCAGAGAAGGGGCUGCCAGCAGCACUGUGGUGCAGGGGGUGGCACCGGGUACCCCUCGUGGCUUGUUGUAAAGGUCUCAGGAGGAAGAUCAGCGAUUCCCUUCAGCUGUGCCCCGCAGGAGAGGCAGUAACGGGAUGGAGCGAGCUCCUGUGCCCCUUUGGGGAGCCACCCACGCUCUCCAAUGGUCCCUCGGCCACGUCCAUCUCUGGCAUCACCCUGCCCCUUUCCUGUGUGUCCUUCUCAUCGCACUUUGUCCCCGUCUGUCUGUGCCUGCCCUGCCUCUCUCCCAAGCCCGAGUCCCGCUUGCCCCCUUCUGGCAGCGUCCCUUGUCCCCUCCCCGCGCCCCGCCCGGGGAGAUGGCGCUCAGCCCCCCCGAGCGGGACGCGCCGGGGCUGCCGCUGCACUCGCCAUGGACCUUCUGGCUGGACAAGUCACUUCCUGGUACAACAGCAGCUGAAUGUGCAUUAAAUUUGAAGAAGAUAUAUACAGUACAAACAGUGCAGGAUGAGUUACACCUGUGGCUUUGCUUACCUGAGGAUUUCUGGAGUGUCUACAACAACAUUCCUCCCGUGACAAACCUGCCUCUGAGAUGCAGCUACCAUUUAAUGCGGGGAGAAAGGCGCCCGCUUUGGGAAGAAGAAAGCAAUGCCAAAGGAGGUAUAUGGAAAAUGAAGGUCCCUAAAGAAAGUACGGCUGAAGUUUGGAAAGAACUACUGCUAGCAACUAUUGGAGAGCAGUUUACAGAUUGUUGUGCAGCAGAUGAUGAAGUAAUAGGGGUUAGUGUCAGUGUUCGUGACCGUGAAGAUGUUGUGCAAGUCUGGAACAUGAAUUCCUCUUCAGCAAGUGAAGCAAAAGUUUUAGAAAAGAUUCACAAACUUCUCCCACACACAUAUUUUAAAGCAGUCUUUUAUAAAUCCCACAGAGAGCAUCAUGCUUUUGAAGGCCGAUGUGGAAAGCAUUGAGUGCAUUGUAUGCCAAGAUCACUUGUUGUUAUUUGGUGUUUUGAGCUGGUCUGGACAAGGAGGAGGAUGCUGGAAGCUCUGCAGAAGUGCUACGUGGCGUUGGCCCUUUUGAGUUUCUGACAUUUCACACUGGCCCGUUGCUACUGAAAAUGAAAAAACCCUGAACAGUUGCCUUGACCACUAAAUACAUGAUUCAUUGCUUCAUGUUGAGGUGGUGCUUUUAGUUCUUAGUUGUUUCUCUAAAAAAAUAUUUUGGCCACUUGUUUGUUCACCCUGAUUAUAUUUGUUCCCAUUUCUUAAAGAUAGUUGGCUUCUUCUUCUUCUGUGCUGUACUUAGUGAAAAGCAAACAUGCAGAGAUGCUAUGCUGCUUUUCCAAGAUGUGCUGUACAUAGAGGGACCCUGGCUUGGGGAAAUGUGUUUUCAAUUUUCACUUUGAAACAUUCCUAUCAUGUUAAAAUUUACUCACUGGUUUGUCCCAAGAGAGAAAGAAAUUGCACUGCAUUUAUUCUAAUAUUCAGUGUAAUCUGGUCCUACACUGACAACAGCACAUUGUAAAUGUAAUAGAAAAAGGUACCUUAAAUGAGCAAUUGAAGAGAACACAUUUUUAUUGGGACUAACUGUGUAGGAUGAUGUUAAUGUCUUUCAAUUGUAUUGAUUUCAGAAGAGCCCUUGUUCACUGUAGAAUCAGAAAUUUCUCUGUAGGACAUCCUGCAAACUCAACACCUCUUAUUUAAGGGUUUUAGGGUAUUUAUGGUUUUAUAUUGUAUUCUCUCUUAUGGUAUCUUUCUGUACAUCCAUGAAAAAGUGCCACGAAUAAUUUCUAAUGAAUUGUACAAACUGGAUCCACUCCUCCCACUUCCUUAAGUAUGUCAGGCCCAUGUCUGCACCCCUGGGUUAGUGUCAGAAUUGCUGCUGGCUUAGUGCAGAGGAAGAGAUCCCAUUGUCUGUAGUUUCAAGCCCUCAAAACUUCCUAAGUGUCCUUUAUAAAAUAAACAAAAAAUACAGAAAAGAAAUUUGUGUUGCAGCUUGAAUAAGAAUAUAAACAGUGUUAACCUUUAAAUGUUUGUCUCUAUUAACUAUUUGAGGUGUUUUAAUAUACUACCAAAGAUUGAUGUGGUUCCUUUUACAAGAAGGUGCAAGGUAGAGAUGAACAUACCCUCUGCUGAGCACUCCUUCAUCCUUUGGAGGUUUUUGUCUGGUAGCUCUUUAAGUUGCACUGAUUUCCACAUCUUUAAUAUAUUAAGAGGCAGCCAUAAAAAUCAAAUAAGUUUAAAAAUAAGUAUCACACAUUAGAGAUUUUUUUUUUACAACUUUAUCUUGUACUUACAAUUUUAACUUGUAUUUAUGGAUUAAAACUGUGUAGUUAAUGAGCAUUAUUAAUUAAACACAUUUUCUAAAAUCCAA